UCUGCAGUAGAGGGCGUGAAGAAGGGCCGCCUCUGCAAGGCCUGGGGAGCGGAGAGCUGUGCAGAGGCAAAUCCAUCCUGCGCCACAGAUGCCAGCUGCCAGGAGUGCUCAGAAGCUGGCACCAGAGGCUUGGAGGCAAAGACAUGGUGAUGGGGGUGCCCACGGUGACCGCCAAGGCAUUGUGAUGCGGGUGUCCCCAAGGUCACCACCAAGGCAUUGUGAUGGGGGCCCUCAUGGGUGCCUGCUAGGCCAUGGUCAUGGGGGUCCCCAUGGUGACGGCCAGGGCUUUGUGAUGGCGGUGGCAUCAUGCCCCCAAGGCCAUUGUGAUGGGGCGGUGCUCGUGGUGACUGUGCUGGGGCCAGAGUCCCCCGGGGCCCGCACUCUGAGGAGAGCAGCUCGAUCAGGAGGGAGCAGCUCCCCUCAGUGCCAGAGUGGCAGGUCCCUUAGGAGCAGAUCCUGGAGAUGGACAAGGAGUGGCAGGCGAACGCCUACUCCCAGCCCAUGGACGGGCUCCCUGGCACACAGCAGCGCAGAAGCAAGGUGGGCCAGCAGGUGCUGCACACAGCGAUGAGGCGCAGCUGGACCCCGACUUCGUCCCACCAAAGGGACAGGUGGCCUUUGCUUCCCGGCCAACAAAGCUCGCGAGCCUCUGAACACAUCAUUGCAAAGAUGGCCGAGGACACUGUCACGGAUGUUCUCGUCACGAUGCAAGCUCUUCAUCCCUCUGCUGGUUUGCCAAAGGCGCCUCCUCUGCGGCGCAGGGAGACACUGCCCGGCAGCACUUGUGCAAGAGCAGAGACAGCGCAUCCGCCCCGCUUACCACCUCUCGCAGCCAAGGCAGCUAGGCCGGCACAGGCAGGCCUGCAGGCCUCUGCAGCUGCAGCUAAAACACCAGGAUCCGCAUGUCGAAGCAAGCUGCCUGCUCGGGAAGCCUCCUGCAGAUCUUCUUCCAGACGCAGGGCCAAUGCCCUGGGCACCCAAGGUGUGGCAAGGAGAAAUCUGGAGAGUGUGAGCAAGCGAGUAGAGAGGCUGGCUACAAAUCCCAGCCAAGCUGCUGCCACGGCACACUUCCUGCCUGUUAGAGCUGCUGCGAUGGCUCUGCACUGUGGGCAGAGCCUGGAAGAGGAAGAGCUCCUGCCACCCCAUCUGCCUUUGCCUGCCCUUCACAAAGCCAAGCGGGAAGCUCGGGCUCCCCGCCGGGCAACUCAAGAGCGUGCCCGCUGCUUGCCUGAGCCCAGGCCUGCCUCUUCCGGAUCAGCCCUGGGAAAAGCAAGGAUGUUGCGAGAGGCUGGUGCCAGGACAACUCUUCCUGCGAAAAGCCGGCAGCUCAGCGCACGCUCCUGCUUUGUCCCGGGAGCACAGACCAUUCCUCAAAGGGAGAUGCGAGGCAUGCCAGCAUGCAAGGAGCGGGGGUCAACCCGCCUGACAGAGGCAAAGCUGCCAGAGUCCCUGCUGGGGGUGGCUUUUUCCAGAAGUGCCCAAGAAGUGUGCCAGGAGCUUGUGAGCAAGCUGCUCGCAGCUCCCCCAGAUGCCUGUGCCCACCAGCUCAAGGCACAAUGCUUGCACACCAUGGCGCACAGCCAGGACUUGGUGCUAAGCAAGUGCUCAGCGUCCCAACGGCGAGGCCACAGGCCUCCCCAAAGGCAAGUGCCCCGCGCUGAGACGCGCCAAGGAGAAACAGCCUCUCGUGCCCCGGAUGAAGGCCUGCAGUGGGAGAGGAUGCCCAAAGGUGUCUCAGAGGACGUUCAGCUCACGAGGCCCCGCUUCGCAGACGUACCACCCACCUCUGCUAAAGCCAUCGCU